AUGGAACAUAUGUGCCAGCUGGUGGAACUUAUAUACCACCAAACCCUCCAAGAGAAGCACCUGCACCAGGACUACCUAGAACAUUUACAUCGUCACAUGGACACAGACACAGGCAUGCACAACAACCAGCACAACAACCACCUCCACAACCAGCACAACAACCAACACAACAACCAGCACAGCAACCAACAGUUCAAAACCCUGCACAACAACAACCACAAACAGAGCAAGGACAUAAAAGAAGUAGAGAACAAGGAAACCAAGAAUUCUUAA